AUGUUUACGAGAAAACUGCUACCCGUGGGCAACACGCUGCUGGAAAAGGCUUCUCUCCCGGUUAGUAAAGCCUCAAUUACGCUUCUAACCUAUAACAUGCUGUCGCCGUACUAUAUGUGGCCGCAAGUUUACACAUAUGUGCCAGAACAAUACAAGGAUUGGUCUUACCGGCAUCGGCUGUUGGAACGCGAGAUACUGAGUCUGUACCGAGCAGACAUUAUGUGCUUACAGGAAAUGACGCAGAAGGACUACAAAGGGUUUUGGAAAACGCACUGCAAGGAGAAAAUGAACUACGGCAGCAGCUACAUUGCAAAAACUCCCCCGGCGUAUUGGAAGAGGACCAGCGAUGAAAUGGACGGGGUUGGGAUUUUCUACAACCUCGACAAGUUUCAGCAUAUUUCGACCAACAGUAUUUACUUGAACGAUCUGAUCGGACUUUUUAACAUCAACGAGCUCAACUAUCUCAAAAGCACCAUCAUCACGCUGACAAACGGUGCUGGCGAACCCAUCGCCAAAGACAGUCUUUUGAACGUGCUGCAUGGCCGAAACCAAGUGAGCCUGUUUGUGUCGCUCAUGCAUAGAGAAACUCGAACACUGUUCGUGGUCAUCAAUACACAUUUGUACUGGAAGUACGACGAGGUUAAAUUGUGCCAGUGCCUCACGAUUAUGCGCAAGCUGCACCGAGUCAUUAAGCAAUUGUUGGUCGGUAGAGACGGUGCGACGUACUCGCGUGUCAAAAUUCUGUUUGCAGGAGACCUGAACUCGAGCCCGGACUCGCCCGUCGUGAAAUUUCUGAAAGGCGAGAGCGUGCAUCGGUCCGAUCUCAGUCUUAUUAACCCGCUCCGGCCCUAUUUGAACCACUACAUUUACCAAGACACGUCUGCGGAGCUCUUCGAGCAUACCUGCUACUCUGGAAAGUUGAAGGGAAUUUUCGACUACAUCUGGUACCAUGACAGCGAUUUUAGGCUUAAGCGCAUCUUGAGCGGUGCAGAAGUUUCGCAGGAGCUGCGACAAAUGAAAGAAUUUGGACUACCAAAUAAAGGUCACCCAAGUGACCACAUACCAGUUCUGACGGAACUGGAACUACUGGAUUGA